GAGUUGGUGACCUUGCGAAAACUAAGGCUUUUUGUAACUCCCUCCAUUCGCUCUUUCCAAGACCUUGGCUGAGGCCACGACACCCGCAUCUGCAAAAGGAUCCGAGUCUUGCUUCCUACAAAGAUGCAGUUGAGCAGAGCAGCUGGUUUCGGGGUACUCCUGCUCGUGGCACUUCCAUCCGUCCUUGGCCCUGCAGACGCUACCCUGCUGCUGCCAUUGACGGCUGUGUCCCUUGGCACUGGCGCCCUUGCGACGCUCGGGCUACUUGGCGCUGUUGGCUUAGGCGUGGCCAUCAAAAAAACACUCUACUACGGCGGCAAAGGACAUGGCCAUGACCACCACUACCACAGCCACCACCACCACCACACCGGAGGGGGAUACGGAGGCGCUCAUACCGGAGGAGGCUACGGAGACGCUCAUACCGGAGGGGGCUACGGAGGCGCUCAUACCGGAGGGGGCUACGGAGGCGCUCAUACCGGAGGGGGCUACGGUGGGGGCUACCCAUCUCCCUCAUACGCCGCGCCGCUCACCUCCGCGCACAGGCGGCGACGGAAUGCGUACAUUUUGGCCGAGGGCGACCGCGCCGCCGUGGACGCCCUGGUGUCCGACGACCGCCUCGGCUGCGCACAGCGGCUCGUGUGCGAGCUGGCCCGCGAGCCGGAGGCCGGCCUCGAGGCGGACGAGGUCGCGAUCCUUGCCCUUGUCAGCGACGAGCGGGCGACGGCGGGCGUGAAGCAACUGCGGAAGGCGGCCGCGGUAGGCAGGGGGGGCGCCGCCUGCUCCUCCCUCUUCAAGAACUGCCCCUUCUCCGCCCGGGACAUCAUGGCCGUUGUGAGAGCUGUUGCCGACGAGAACGCGAACUAGAAAAAAUGACUAGAACUAGGGAAAGUACUAGAACUAGAAAAUAAUACUAGAACUACAAGUCACUU